UCCCAGCCGCGCGCGGCGAAACGACUGCUGCUCCCGUUACCGAGGCAACCACGGCACCUCCUCCGCGCCGGCCCGGAUAGUCUCUCCGCGCCAUUUUCAAACUGUCCUGGAGCCGGAACCGGUGUCUGGGGCGGAAGGAGCCAGCGAGGGAGGCGAGGCGCGAGGGAGAAUGCGACCGCAGGCGGAGGGAGCAGCGGCCGGGGCUGCGGGAUUUUAAUUUUUGGAAAUGAAUAAAACUACUUUGGAAGACAAGAUGACUACAGCUGCAGAAAGAAAAUAUAUUAAUAUUAGGAAAAGAUUGGAUCAGUUGGGAUACUGCCAGGCUCUGACAGUGGAGUGUUUACCUUUGGUAGAAAAACUUUUCAGUGAUCUAGUUCAUACAACAGAAAGUCUUCGGAAAUCAAAAUUAUCUGCUGUGAAAGCUGAAAAAGAAAGUGCCAAUUUUGAUUUUGUAUUGGAACCUUAUAAACUUGAAAAUGCAAGAUUGAGUAAGGAAAAUAAUGAAUUAUACCUGGAAUUAAUGAAACUGAGAGAACAAUCAGGCCAACACAUUAAAGAGUUGAAAACCACAUUGAAAAAGUGUGCACGUGAAACAGCUGAUCUGAAAUUUCUAAAUAAUCAGUAUGUUCAUAAACUCAAACUUCUGGAGAAAGAGAGUAAAGCUAAGAAUGAAAAAAUUGAACAACUUCAAGAAAAGAAUUUGCAAGCUGUAGUACAAACUCCAGGUGGCAAGAAAAGAAGUAUUGCUUUCAGGCGCCAGCGUAUGCAAAUUGACGAACCAGUCCCUCCCUCUGAAGUCAGUUCUUAUCCAGUUCCUCAGCCAGAUGACCCUUACAUUGCAGACCUUCUGCAAGUGGCUGAUAACAGAAUUCAAGAACUUCAGCAAGAAGUCUACCAGUUACAAGAAAAGUUAGCAGUGAUGGAAAGUGGACUGAGAGAUUAUAACAAGCAGAUUGAACUAAGAGAACGAGAAAUACAACGACUAUCGGUUGCAUUGGAUGGGGGUCGCUCCUCUGAUAUCCUUUCUCUGGAGAGUAGAAAUAAAGCCAAUGAAAAGCUUAUUGCUCAUUUAAAUAUUCAGGUUGACUUUCUUCAGCAAGCUAAUAAAGACCUGGAAAAGCAUAUACAAGAGCUUAUGGAAACCAAGGAAACAGUAACUACUGAAGUUGUUAAUUUAAGUAACAAAAAUGAAAAACUCUGCCAGGAAUUAACUGAAAUAGACCAGUUAGCACAGCAGUUGGAAAGACAUAAAGAAGAAGUGCUCGAGACUGCCGACAAAGAACUUGAGGAAGCAAAGAAAGAGAUUAAAGAAAAGCUAUCUGAAAUGCGGAAUCUUGAAGAAACAAUGGGAAAACUUCAACUGGAAUUAAACUUGUGUCAUAAAGAAAAGGAGAGACUGAGUGAUGAACUCCUUAUAAAAUCAGACCUGGAAACUGUUGUUCAUCAGCUUGAACAAGAAAAGCAAAGACUUAACAAAAAAAUUGAAAGUUUUGCAGUUACAGAAAGAGAACUUACUUUGGAAGUUGAGAGGAUGAGGCUAGAACAUGGAAUAAAAAGACGAGACAAGUCACCUUCUCGUUUAGAUACGUUUCUGAAAGGUAUAGAAGAUGAACGAGAUUUUUAUAAGAAAGAGCUAGAAAGACUCCAGCAUUUAAUACAGCGAAGAUCUUGCUCUCGAAGUCAUUCUACAUGUGAAAAAAUUCCAGUAUUUAAGACACUAGAAAAGGGUGAUUACAACUCAGAAAUUCAUCUGAUCACAAGAGAAAGAGAUGAACUUCAGCAUAUGCUAGAAAGAUUUGAAAAACAUAUGGAGGAUAUACAGUCCAAUGUUAAACUAUUGACAGCAGAAAGAGAUAAACUAAGUGUCCUAUAUAAUGAAGCUCAGGAAGAAUUAUCUGCGCUCAGACAAGAAUCUACCCAAACCACAGUCUCCCAUAAUACUGUUAGUCUUAUGGAAAAGGAAAAAGAACUUGCAUUAUCUGACUUAAGAAGGAUUAUGGCAGAAAAAGAAGCUUUAAAAGAAAAGUUAAAACAUCUCCAUGAAUUGAGUAUUUUUGGAAAAUCAGAAUUAGAGAAAACUGUUGAACAUUUGACAUGUGUUAAUCAACAGCUUGAAAACGAAAAAAGUGAAUUAAAGUCUAAAAUGUUAAAAAUGAAAGAAACAACAGAGUCUUUAGACAAAAAAGUAAAACUCCAAGCUCAAAAACUUAACCAUGUGGCUGGUGACUCAUCUCAUCAGAAAACAGAGAUGAACUCACUUAGGCUAGUAAAUGAGCAGCUACAGCGGUCACUUGAGGACUAUCAGCACCAACUUUCCAUGAAAAGAAGUGAACUUGAAUCAGCACAAGCACAAGUUAAAAUACUGGAGGAAGAAAUAGAUAAACUACACUUCAAGAUGACUUCACAGAAUGAAGAGGCUCAUGUAAUGAAAAAGACCAUUGGUGUUAUUGAUAAAGAAAAAGACAUCCUUCAGGAGACUGUAGAUGAGAAGACAGAAAAGAUUGCAAACUUGAAUGAAAACCUAGCUAAUAAAGAAAAAGCUAUUACUCAGAUGAAGAUAACAGUCUCAGAGUAUGAAUCUUCUAUGAACCACCUAAAGGAAACAUUGAUUAAUCAGGACCGUGAGAUAAGCAGCCUCCGGCGCCAGCUUGAUGCAGCUCACAAGGAACUUGAUGAAGUAGGAAGAUCUAAAGAAAUGUCUUUUAAGGAAAACAGAAGAUUACAGGAUGAUCUGGCUACAGUGGCAAGAGAAAACCAGCAAAUUUCAUUGGAAUUAGAAGCAGCAGUGCAAGAAAAAGAAGAAAUGAAGAGUAGAGUUCAUAAGUACAUAACUGAAGUGUCACGAUGGGAGAGCUUAAUGGCUGCUAAGGAAAGAGAAAAUCAAGAUUUGUUAGAUAGAUUUCAGAUGCUUCAUGACCGUGCUGAAGACUGGGAGGUCAAAGCCCAUCAAGCUGAGGGAGAAAGCAGCUCAGUUCGACUGGAACUUCUUUCUAUUGACACAGAGAGGAGACACCUUCGAGAAAGAGUGGAGCUACUAGAAAAAGAAAUUCAGGAGCACAUAAAUGCACAUCAUGCUUAUGAAUCUCAGAUCUCAUCGAUGGCAAAAGCCAUAUCUAGAUUAGAAGAAGAGCUGAGACAGCAAGAAGAUGAGAAAGCAGCAGUAUUAAAUGAUGUGUCAUCUCUUAGAGAACUUUGCAUUAAGCUUGAUUCGGGCAAAGAUAUUAUGACCCAGCAAUUGAAUUCCAAAAACCUUGAAUUUGAGAGGCUUGCAGUGGAAUUAGAAAAUGUAAAAUCAGAAUCAGAGCUGUUAAAAAAACAACUGUCAAGUGAGAGACAUACAAUUAAAAACCUUGAAUCAUUGUUGGCUACAAAUAGAGAUAAAGAAUUUCAUUCCCAUUUAACCUCCCACGAGAAGGAUACAGAAAUUCAGCUACUUAAAGAGAAGUUAACCCUUUCAGAAAGCAAAUUAAAUAGUCAAAGCCGGGAAAACACCAUGCUUCGGGCUAAAAUGGCACAAUUACAAACAGAUCUUGAUGUUCUGAAAAGGCAGAUUUCAACUGAAAGAUAUGAACGAGAACGAGCAAUCCAAGAGAUGCGUCGGCACGGUCUUCGCACACCGCCGCUUAGUUCUACUCUGAAGUCUCCUUUACAUUCUCCUGAACAUGUAAACUGAUUAUCAGAAAGGAGGCAUGUGAGAUCUUAUUUCCCUGACCAGGGAUCGAACCCACACCCCCUGAAUUGGAAGGCGAAGUCUUAACCACUGGACCACCAGGGAAGUCCCUGAACUUUGCCUUCUUAACUAUUUUGUAAAGUGUACAACUCAGUGGCAUUAAAUUCAAAAUGUUGUACAACCAUCACCACUAUUUCCAGAAUUUUUUAUCACCCAAACAGAAACUCUAUUAAGAGACUCUAUUAAGCAAUAACUCUCCAGUCCCCUGUCUUCACUUCCCUGCCCCUGAUAACCUCUAAUCUACUUUCUAUCUCUAUAAAUUAGCCUACUCUAGAUUUUCAUAUAAGUGAAUUUAUAUAAUAUUUGUCUUUUUGCAUCUAGCUUAUUUCAUUUAGAAUAAUGUCUUCAGGGUUCAUCUGUGUUGUAGCAUGUAUCAGAACUUCAUUCCUUUUCAUCCCUGAAUGAUAUUCCUUUGUGUUUAUACCACAUUUUGUUCUUUUGCUCAUCAGUUGAUGGACACCUGGGUUGUUUUCAUCUCUUAGCUAUUGUGAAUAAUGCUGCUGUGAACAUUGGUGUACAAGUAUCUGUUUUAGUCUGUUUUAAUAUCUUUUGGGAGUACCUAGAGAUGCUGGGUCAUAAGGUAAUUCUAUGUUUAACUUUUUGAUUACCUGCCAAACUUUUUCCACAUGACUAUACCAUUUUACAUUCUCAACAGCAGUCUAAGAGUUCCAGUUUUCCAAGUCCUUGUCAACACUUGUUAUUUUCCAUUUUUUAAUUACAACCAUUCUAGUAGAUGUAGAUUAGAAAAUGUCUAUAACCAUUAACAAAUUCCCAGAGUAUCCUAAUGAUGUUGUUAAUUGGUAACACAUUUCCAUUCAUAUUUUCUAACAUUGUCACUAAAAUUAAUUUUAAGGGGUUUCCCCAUAAGUACCCAGAAAUGAAUAUGAAAUAUUCAUAUCAAGCCAUAUUUACAGUGUCUCUAAUAGUUAACAUAUAUAAUCCAGUUUUGCUUUUACUGUUUUGAUUAUUGCAUCUAAAAAAUGCUCACUGAGAAAACAAAAUACAAAAGUAUAAAGAAGAUAACCAAAAUCACUUUUUUUAACUUUUUUUUUAUUGGAGUAAAAUACACAU